CCUCCCAUUCCCAGCUGCCUCUCUUUCUCCCUCUCUCUCCUUCACACUCAAUCUCUCUCUACCCCAUCUACCUCCCUCUCCCUCCGUCUCAUUACAUUGCCUGUCCUGUCUGAGGGAUGCUGUGUUGGGAGAAGGGAAUGGGAUGGGUAGUGGUUGAUGUAGGGCCAGGAGCCACAGGAAGACAUCAGCAGGCGAGAGGAGAGAGAGAGCUGGUUCUGUUUCUCUAGAGACUGAUCCGUGCUGGCCGUCUGUCUGUCUGCUGCCAGCCUCCAUCUUCCUCCUGGAUACUACAACACUGGAUCCCACAGCUCAGAGAGGAGCAGCUUUCUUUUCCCUGCUACCUACCUAGCUACCUAGCUAGCGUUAGUCUGUCUGCUGCUGUCCUGAGAGAGAGCGUCAUCAUCACACCACCACCCAGCCCUCCUCCCUGAUACUACAGAGAGGAGCUGCUUCCAGACCUGGUAGGAUACCAUACUCCAGAGAGGAGCUGCUUCCAGACCUGGUAGGAUACCAUACUCCAGAGAGGAGCUGCUUCCAGACCUGGUAGGACCUCCUCCUGCUAUCCUGCUCUGUAAGGAUAUCACCCAGCUCCAUCGCAGCUCCCCAGUAUCAUGGCUCAGGCUGCAUCUCAGAUCAAGAAGAGAGCGAUUGUUGACACCUCCGUUGAGGACGAGAAGCUUAAGAAGAGGAAGAUCAGACAAGCCCAACGGCAGCUGAAGAAAAAGUCUGACACUAAUGCCAGCUACCUGAGGGCAGCCCGGGCAGGGAACCUAGAGAAGGCUUUGGAUUACCUGAAGACUGGGGUCGAAAUCAACAUCUGUAACCAGAAUGGCCUCAACGCCCUCCAUCUUGCCUCUAAAGAAGGCCAUGUGGAGGUGGUUACAGAACUCAUCAAGCUGGGAGCCAAUGUGGACGCAGCAACUAAGAAAGGGAACACAGCUCUCCACAUAGCGUCUCUGGCUGGUCAGGUGGAUGUAGUGAAGGAGCUGGUGACCAACGGAGCUAACAUCAACGCACAGUCUCAGGUGAGUCAUAUAAUGAUGGUGUUGUAG